AGGUGUAGCCUGACGCGGUCUCUUACGUGUCGGACUGAAUAAAAGUGGAGCUCCGAAGGCCUGGGAGUGACGAAGAGAGUCUGUGUCGGUCAGCCUAUCUAAAUGACCAUGGAGGCAGGUGCAGAUGUCCAGCAGGGCGGCGACACGGCUGUCUCAGAGACAGACGCUCAGCAGAUUGCCCCCUUAGCGCAGGUGACCAUAGCAGCCGGGCAGGCCACGGGCAGCGGGCCCACGGUUACGUUAGUGCAGUUGCCCAAUGGACAAACGGUGCAGGUGCAUGGGGUCAUCCAGGCAGCCCAGCCCUCGGUCAUCCAGUCCCCACAAGUACAGACAGUCCAGAUCUCCACCAUUGCUGAGAGCGAGGACUCUCAGGAGUCAGUGGACAGCGUCACCGACUCCCAGAAAAGGAGAGAGAUCCUGUCCCGACGUCCCUCCUACAGGAAGAUUCUUAAUGACCUGUCGUCAGAUGCACCAGCAGUCCCUCGGAUAGAGGAGGAGAAAUCGGAGGAAGAUUCUGCCCCAGCCAUAACCACAGUUACUGUACCAACCCCCAUCUAUCAAACAAGCAGUGGCCAAUACAUUGCCAUUACUCAGGGCGGUGCGAUUCAGUUAGCCAAUAACGGCACAGAUGGGGUUCAGGGUUUACAGACGCUGACAAUGACCAACGCAGCGGGCGCUCAGCCCGGCACCACAAUACUGCAGUACGCCCAAACCAGCGACGGCCAGCAGAUACUGGUGCCCAGCAACCAGGUGGUCGUACAAGCUGCCUCGGGGGACGUGCAGGCCUACCAGAUCCGUACGGCCCCUAGCAGCGCCAUCCCCUCCGGGGUGGUGGUGGCCUCGUCCCCUGCCCUGCCCAGUCAGGGGGGGGCCGAGGAGGCCACGCGUAAGAGGGAAGUCCGCCUGAUGAAAAACAGGGAGGCAGCGCGGGAAUGUCGCAGGAAGAAGAAGGAGUACGUGAAGUGUCUGGAAAACCGCGUCGCCGUGCUGGAGAACCAGAACAAAACCCUUAUCGAAGAGUUAAAAGCGCUCAAGGACCUCUACUGUCAUAAAUCGGAGUGAUUUUUUUUUUUUUUCAGCCUAAGGGAGAGUCGAGAGGGAGGGAAGACUCAGGUGCACCCAGAGACAGAGACUCCAACCACUCAAAAGCACCAGGGCCACAAACUCCUCUUUUUCUAUCUUUUUUUUUUUUCCUCUCCUUUCUUUUCUUUUCAACACCUGUAAGAAAAAAAAAAA